AUGUAUAAUGAUUCUCGUAGUCAAAACGUGACUAUUGUACUGAGCGUAUUCAAAAACACCCGCCUGUUUACUGCAAGGGAGAACACACCGAGGCCAGCCAUCAAAUACACACUCAACAGCAAGGUCAUUGCAGCUCAGCUUCUCGUUGAUGGUCGUCCUGUCCGAGAUUUGCACCAGUACAACGUAACAACUGUCUUCAUGCCGAUGAAGUCCAUAGAUACGGGCGCCCGCACAGAUGUCACUUCCUGUGGGUACUGGAAUUUCACCGGAAAUGACGACACCGGAUCUUGGUCGACUGACGGUUGUCGUUAUGUGAGAGAGGAGAAUGGCCGUGAUGUCUGUAUUUGUGAUCACCUGACAAACUUCGCUGUAUUACUGGACUUCUACGGCCAAGCUAGUCUGACACACUCCCUUGCUCUCAGCAUCAUCACCAUCAUAGGACUUAGUCUCUCGAUAUUUGGGCUGUCUUUAACAGUGCUCUCAUUUGUAACCUUCAGGAAGUUACGUCAAACCCGUCCCCAGCAGACGAUGUUUAACCUGGCUCUGGCGGAGCUGUGUUCGUGGAUUGUAUUUCUGGCUGGCAUCAACCAGACCGGGAAUCACACUGGGUGUAUCGUGGUGGCCGUGUUACUGCACUACUUCAUCCUGGCGUCGUUCAUGUGGAUGCUGAUAGAAGCAGUGCUUCAUUACAUCCUGUUUGUCAAAGUUCUUGGCACCUACAUCCCCAGCUUCAUACUGAAGACAGCCAUACCAGCUUGGGGUAUACCCCUGCUUCCUCCAGUUGUCAUUCUGUCCAUAGACCCCGGCCUUUACAGAGGGGGAGAUACUUAUUGCUGGAUGUCUUUGACAACCUUCUACUACGGCUUCUCCCUCCCUGUUGGCCUCAUCAUCGUCAGCAACAUCGUCCUCUACAUCAUGGUUGUGGUCAACAUCUGCAGAACGUCGACGACUGCUGUCCACACAAGUCAGUCAAAACAGGACAGAAAUGCAGUCAGCAUCAGGGCGUCUAUAUUCUGCUUUAUACUUCUGGGUUUAAGCUGGGUGUUCGGCUACCUGGCCAUCGCAGAUGCCAGGGUGGUGUUCCAGUACGUCUUCACCAUCACCAACACCUUACAGGGCUUCCUCAUCUUCGUCCUCUUCACAGCCCGUAACAAGGAGGUGAGAGACAGCUGGAGAGAGAUGUGCUGCAAGAAGAAGAAAUGCCCACAUGGCGGAGGAAGAACGCGGCUGUACAAGGGUUCUCAGAACCAUUCCAGUUCCAUUGGGCAGCAGAACCGAACCACCGACACUGGACUGUCUAACGAGGCGUACCAACAUCCUCCAAUUCAGCUGAGACGUUCAAGCAAAGCAUUUUCUUUUGGUUGAUGUUAGCACUCGCGUUCACCUGAGUUUAUCACGUUGCUUACUUAUCCAUUAUUACACACUCAAUAAAUUGUUUGCGGGCACUUUCCCAUCUCUUUAAGUAUGUUAUAUUCAAAUUCAGCUUUAUAGUAUAAUGAUGAUUCCAUAC